AUGGCAGAGCCAGGGCCUUACACACUGACAAAGGUGUGUGCUUCAGUUAGGUGUGUUGUUGUGGUGGUAUCAGGGCGACCUGUAACAAUUGAGCCCUGGAUGCACCAAAUAGACGCUUUGUUGCAGCAUGGCUGCCGGGCACUGAAGGUCAGGGCGUUGCUGAUGUUCUGUUUGGAGAUUAUGGGUUCACUGGGAAGCUCCUCGUACAUGGUUCCGGACUACGGAUCAGCUUCCAUGAAUGUUGGUGAUCCUAAAUAUGAUCCAAUUUCCCAUUUGGGUUUGGACACAACUGAGGGUUCACGCCAGUUAGAAAUUUUAUUUUGUUGGUGA